AUGCAUCCGCCUUCGUCACCGACGUCUAUGCAAGAAGGGGUAUCGUCGACACCGGGACAACUGCAACAGCAACUCCAGAAUCAGCAUUCAAUCAUGCAACGUCUUCUGAUGGGUAGUGGCAGUGCGUCAGCACAACCGUCAAGUGCAGCACGAAACGGCAUUGAAGAUAUUGCUGCUAGACUUCACAAACAAAACGGCAAUGCUGCUGCAUCGGUUAAUUCCACGGCCAAUGGCUAUUUCUCGACGGAUCUCACGUCAUCAUGGGGCGAUCAAUUGAGUAUCUCCAACAACACACCUAUGAUGCAUUUGACAUGCUUGGAGUGUGGAAUCAACAAGAACAAUAGUGAAGAUAUGGAGGUUCAUUUGAAACGUGAACAUCUGAAUUGGUUGCCAUUUCAAUGUCCCAUAUGCCUCUCAGAAAGGGCAUCCGAUGCUGAAAUGAGGGAACAUUUGCAUUCCGCACAUCGAAAAAACAUGAAUAAGUUCAUCUAUGUGGAUAAUGUAACUGCGAAGCGUUCAUUGCAAAUCAUGAUGGAUCGUGCUCUGUCACAUGCAAUGUCUCGUCGGGUGAAUCAUGGAAGCAGUCGACUGACGUCAUCAACGUUAUCACCACCGGCUGCAGCAGCCGUUAAUCACUUGGCGGCUGUGAUCAAAGCCCACGAUGCGAAGUUGCCCUCGGUGGAACGAGCUCAUACAUCUCCCGUUGAAGUCCCUGUAAGUAAUAAUAGUAGUGGAGCUGGUUCUCGGAAGAGACCUAUCGAUGAAUCCUUAUCAACUGGUAACACAAAUACGGAUGCAUUACUGGCGAGUAUCAGUCGAGCAACGAGUUCUGGGGUUGUGGAGGGAGAAAUUACGGAUGAUCUAGAAUUAAUCCCAAUGUUCAAUAGUAAACGAGUCAAGUCUGAAUUUGAAGCUGAUCACGAUCAGGAUCAAGAUGGCUCCAUGAUCGACGAUAGUAUUCUGGACAACUUGAACCCUAUCUCGGUACUGGACAACGUGGCAGCCUUGUUCGCAUCAGACGGGCGGCUGGAUGAUAGCUAUGCUGAUUCGCAUCCGGAAAAACCCUCAAAAAGCCAAAGUGCGAAAGCACUGAGCAGCGCAAUAUCAAAGAAACGAGUGCUGGGUGAAUGUAGUAAGUGUCAGAAACCAGUAACUGCGGGUGCACGUCAAAUGCAUAUGUUCUUCCAUCUCGCCAAGGAUCAUGGGACUUUCCGUUUCCGAUGUCUCUUCGAAGGUUGCACGGUAGAACAUUACCGUAAGGAUCAAAUGGAGAAUCAUCAAUCGAAAAUCCAUGGCAAGAUAGAUCCGGACAUGAUGGAAGAUCGUUCUCUCGAGCUAUUCCAUCGAUGUCAGGAAUUAUCAAUGGAACUGCUUGGGACAAAAAACGGUAGCACACCUGGUCCAACAGCAGCGAAAGCCGAAGCGGCUUAUAAUGCUCAGAUCGCGGCUCAGAAGGAAAAGAAUAACAAAACUGCUACAGCGCCGGCGCCGAAACCUCCUCCGAUCACCGCAGUCGUCCCAAAACCAGUCCCAGACGAGGAGCACCCUUUAGAGUGUCGUCUUUGUCACAAAACUAUGCAAAAUAGGAUACGAGGCUUUCAUAUUCUCUGGCAUAUGGCCAAAGACAUGGGAAUUAAUCGAUACAUCUGUCGAGUUUGUGGAUUUGGACACGACCGAUCACAGUCUGUGCAGGUACAUGGAAAGAAAGAGCACGGAACGGAGGAGGUUGUACAGGAUCGCAUUGGGGAAUAUUCUGAUGAAGUGAAGCAGAUGUCCGAAAAGUGCUUUGGCUUUCCAAGCACUUUUCGCUCAAGAGCACAAACGCAGAACGAAGUUCCCAAAUCGAAGAAAUUGUCAGACGAUGACGAUACUCUUGAUGAAAUGACGUUAGAUAUCGUUCAAGACAUGCAGGGUGAACUUGAUGAUGCUGAUGUAACACCCGACGAGGAACCAGAAGAUGAACAAGAGCCAUAUGAAACUGAGGAAGAGGAACGUGAUCCGACGGUUCCGCAAAAAUCACGAAUUCGUAAACGUCAGAGUCGUUUCCCGAGAUUUGGUUUACGACGGCCGAAGUCGAAAAGCAAACGAACGGAGAUGGCGAGAUUGCGUGAAAUCAGCAUGCUUCUCGGAGGUGCACAGUACUUCAAGAAAAAGCUUUCUGAAGCUGCUCACUGUGAGAAAUGUGGAAAGAUCACAAAUUCCCGAAUGAGUGAACAUGCAUAUACGCAUAUGGAAGAACAACUGUUCCUAUGUCCUCACUGCGAACUGGGUCAUCAAUCUCGUGAAAUUGUCAUGCGACACAUUCGUGAACUGCACGAUUCUGAGGAUCGACCGGUCGAUAAUCGAUUGAAACAUGCGAAAGAUAUUAAAGCAAUGAUUCGUGAAUGUUAUCCUGCGUAUUUCGUCGAUGCACCUAUUCCAACGCAGCAAGAUAUUGAAAAGUUAAAACAACAUAUGGGUGAUACGGCGUCAUCAAUCAUAGCUGGACUGGAUGACGAGCCUAGUGAUGGUCAUGAAGAGGAAGAUGAAGAGGUUGCUGAUUACGAGGACGAUUCAGCAUCUGAAAAGAAACUUGUGCUCGACGAUGACGUAGGCCUCGAACUUGAACAGGAAGACGAAGAAGAUCCCGGUGAAGAGGAGUAUGCCGCUGAGUGA